AUUGUGCUAUGAUUCGAAUAAACACAAUCAGAGCUGUUUGGUAUCAUCAGUACAAAUAAUCCGGUAAAACCAUGUUCAAACGAAUAGUGGUAGGAGUCUCCGGUGGUGUAGACAGUGCCGUUACGGCUUACAUGCUGAAGCAAAGAGGUUUCGACGUUCGGGGAGCAUUUAUGAAAAACUGGGACCUGAUAGACGAGUCCGGUUACUGUUCCGGCGAGCAGGACUGGCUAGACGCCCAGAAACUCUGUCGCCAACUGCAGAUUCCCCUCGAGCAAAUUAACUUCGUCAAAGACUACUGGCUUGAAGUGUUUGGGAGCUUCCUCAAGGACUACGACGCCGGCAUAACGCCUAAUCCGGACAUCCUUUGCAAUAGGCACAUCAAAUUUAACCUAUUCUACAAGCACGCCCGGGAGAAGAUGGGAGCGGACGCAAUCGCCACCGGCCACUAUGCUCGUACGAACUUCGGACCGUUUCUAGAGAUGUUCAAAGAACAGGGCCCCAUUCGUUUGCUAGCCGGUGUGGACGAUAUCAAAGAUCAAACGUUCUUCCUCUCGCAAAUCAGUGCCGAAGCUCUGCGGUGCACAAUGUUCCCAAUCGGUGGUAUGACCAAAGCGGAAGUGAAACGGUACGCAGCCGACGUGGGACUGGAAUCGUUUGCUAGGAAGAAAGAAAGCAUGGGAAUUUGCUUCGUGGGGAAGCGAAGCUUUCAGGACUUUAUCGCGGAGUACAUCGAAACGAAACCGGGUGAUUUUGUGGAUUUCGAUACGGGAAAGGUGGUAGGGGCGCACAAAGGUCUGCACCAUUGGACUGUGGGACAGAAAGCGAAAAUAGGAGGAUGUCUACAACCGUACUAUGUGUUUCAGAAACACGUGGAGAAGAACGUUAUUUUUGUGGUAUCGGGGACGGAUCAUCCGUUGCUAGUGACGGAUAUGGUCUAUGUAGAGAGUCCCAUUUGGAUCAACAAGCCGAAGGAGUUGAGCAGUGGGGUGUUUAGGUGUCAGUUUCGGUUUCAACAUACGAAACCACUGGUGCAUUGCAGUUUGAUAGAGACUAGUCAAGACGGCAAUAGACUGUUUGUUAGGUUAGAUGAAGCAUUGCGGGCGAUAACGCCCGGACAGUAUGCGGUGUUCUAUAAGGAUGAGGAAUGCUUUGGCAGUGCUAGGAUUGCGAAACCAGGUCCCUCGGUAGUUUACGGUAGCGAUAGGUCAACGGUAGCGAUAUGUGGAUAAUGAAGUAGGAAAUUUAUAUUUACAGCUUGUUAAACCGGAUUGAUAUUCGUAAUUAUUGUGCUUGAUGACUAUUCC